GAAGACCUCUCAUUAGAAGAGAGAGAAGAACUUUUGGACAUUCGUCGUAGAAAGAAGGAACUUAUUGAUGACAUUGAGAGGCUGAAAUAUGAAAUUGCAGAAGUGAUGACAGAGAUCGACAACUUAACUUCCGUGGAGGAGAGCAAAACCACUCAGAGGAAUAAGCAAAUAGCCAUGGGAAGAAAGAAAUUCAACAUGGACCCCAAAAAGGGAAUUCAGUUCCUGAUAGAGAACGACCUGCUGCAGAGCUCCCCAGAAGACGUUGCCCAGUUCCUCUACAAAGGAGAAGGCCUGAACAAGACUGUCAUUGGGGACUACCUGGGUGAGAGGGAUGAAUUUAAUAUCAAAGUUCUUCAGGCUUUUGUCGAGCUCCACGAGUUUGCUGAUCUCAACCUUGUACAGGCCUUAAGGCAGUUCCUGUGGAGCUUCCGGCUGCCGGGAGAGGCGCAGAAGAUAGACCGCAUGAUGGAGGCCUUCGCAGCACGCUACUGCCUCUGCAACCCCGGCGUCUUCCAGUCCACAGACACCUGCUACGUGCUGUCCUUCGCCAUCAUCAUGCUCAACACCAGCCUGCACAACCACAACGUGCGGGACAAGCCCACGGCCGAGCGCUUCAUCACCAUGAACCGUGGCAUCAAUGAGGGCGGAGACCUCCCCGAGGAGCUGCUGAGGAACUUGUAUGAAAGUAUUAAGAAUGAACCAUUUAAGAUCCCGGAGGAUGAUGGGAACGACCUGACGCACACGUUCUUUAACCCGGACCGGGAAGGCUGGCUCCUGAAGCUGGGCGGCCGUGUGAAGACCUGGAAGCGGCGCUGGUUCAUCCUGACCGACAACUGCCUCUACUACUUCGAGUACACCACAGACAAGGAGCCCAGGGGCAUCAUCCCACUGGAGAAUCUCAGCAUCCGGGAGGUGGAAGACCCACGGAAACCUAACUGCUUUGAGCUAUACAACCCCAGCCACAAAGGGCAGGUGAUCAAGGCCUGCAAGACAGAGGCAGACGGCAGGGUGGUAGAGGGGAACCACGUGGUGUACCGGAUCUCUGCGCCGAGCCCGGAGGAGAAGGAGGAGUGGAUGAAGUCCAUCAAAGCCAGCAUCAGCAGGGACCCCUUCUAUGACAUGCUGGCAACAAGGAAAAGGAGGAUCGCCAAUAAGAAAUAGUCUUCCAGGCACAGCAGGUAAACGUCAGGACCCGAACCCACAGCAGGCUGAAGGCCUCCCUGACACCCCAGCCACCUCACAGGUGGACUGGGCCAGGAGCUGAAGAUCCCGCACAGCCCCCAUGGCUCCCAGAACAGCCAGCUGUGGAGGGGACUGGGGACCCCUAAGGCUUCAUGCUAUGGUUUGGGGUGUGGUCAGCUGCCAGCCCUACCUUCCUGCCACGGUCUUGCUGCCCACUGCUGCUGAGAGUACCACCCUCUGCCUGGUCAGCAGCGGUGCCUGCAGCGGCGACCGGCCACGGGAAGCUGCACGGACACACACCUGCCUCGCUCACAGCCAGAACCUGUUUGCACCAGUCAUGCCACAUCUGCCCACUAGGCAGUGCUAGCCAUUCCAGAAGCCGCCGUUUUAUAUCUAAUGGGAAAGGAAAAGCUACCACUUUUUUAUUCAGAUUUUUUUUCUCAGAUAUAUAGGAUUAUAGCUUUUAUAUGCCUUUUUAUAAUCUGAAAUUAUAAUGAAAUACUUUCUAACAGUAGUAUUUUUAGAAUGGCAGCUAUAAAUCUAACUCCUGGACACAAGUAUAUACUGUGCACAGGAAAACCCACACGUGCAGUUCCUGGCGGGAGCGAGGGGAGGGGUUCCUCCCUCCCCUGGGCACCUGGGGAGCUGCUGCCCUACCUGGCUAUAGCAGGAAGGGAAGAAGGCACUGGGUACCCAGAGGACCUGUGCACUUGCCCUUGCCACCUCCCCUCAUGGGCUUCUCCAAAGCCAAAUAGGACGGCUUGUUACCCUGUAACUGCUGAAUCCGGGAAAUGGAGCCGAUGCCCUGGACAUAGGCCAUCCACGUUGAACCGCAUGAAAUGGCUGACCUCCAUCGGCCUCCACCUUCGUUUCAUGCGGCUCAACUGCACUUGUGGGUGAAAUUGGAUUUUGACUUUUGUCACUAUUUCAAACCUUCAGCAAGAUGUUUGCUCCCACGUCGCAGUUGGAAGUAAUGUAACGAGCACAUAUUCAGGGAACUGGAAAAAAGCCCACCCUUGGGCAGAGCCAUGUUGCCAGGUGUCAUCUCCCUUACGAGGUGGGGAAGAGCAGGCUGCAUCUGGAGGGAUGGCAUUGGGCGCCACAUCUGUGCCAGGGUGGAUUUGUGAAGCACCACAGCCCGCAGCUUGUCCAGGCUUCCGCAUAUGCAAAUAGUUGCAGACACACGCUGCGGAUGCCUCUGCCAGGUGGACCUGUGGGUGAAGGCCAGGGCCAUUGUGUGAUUGGUACAAGGCAAGGUUGGGAGUCUUUUAUGCCCUAUGCAUAAUACAUAGAACCCCACCCUUACCUCACCCCCAUCCCCCAGGCUUGGGGGGUUGGCAGUGGCUGCCUACCCAUGUGCAAGCACGCCUGGAACUUGCUCCCCCUGGAGGUCAUUUGUGUUGUGCAAAAUGCAAGUCCAGGAAGCAAGUCCCCAGACCCAGUGCACUUAGGUAGAACAAGACCUGCCUGACAUGGUGUAGCUUCAUCAUGCUAGACCGCACAGGCCCAAGUCUGAGGCUCCAUCUACAUUGAGCUUAUUCUCAAUCACCUAAGCUUUACUGAUACCUCAAAUCUGAAACCAGUGUUUGAGCAGGGCAAGAUGGAUUCCUCACGCUGCCUGGCAGCUGCUUGUGCAACUUGGCCUCCAGUCCUCCAUGCACGAGCGCCGCCCCGCCCUGCCUGGACCAAUGCCACCCUGUGCCAUCUAACCUGGGUAUGGCCCUGGGGGUGGAGCUCGUGUGUCAGGUGUUAGAACAGGGAGCUUGGGUCACAGGAUGGCAAAUCUAAUGCCACAGUCAUCUGUGAGCAAGGCUUGCCUAACACCGUUCAGCAGGAGCAGUGCAGAAGGCCUGGUGCUCAUAAUUUAAGGAACUUGACCUCCAGGAUGUUAUAUUUAGUCCCCCAAUUCAGGUUUCGUUGUGACACUGUUAACCUAAGAGAGGCCAGCCGUUUCACCUCGUGUAGAGGCAGGGCUGGCAGGACUUACCCUUCUCUCCACCCGUGUCACUCAGUGCUUAUCAGCCCACCCAUACCUGGCCAAAGACAAAUGGCAGCAGCCCUGGACGUAGUCCCACCAGCCAGCCUUGCUGGACCCUGGGCUGUGACAAGCAGCAGCAUCAGGGACCAGAACUGUUGGGGCCAUUUAAUGUGGUUCCAUGGAAUCAAACAGAUGACCACAGGGGAGGCCACCGCCUUCAUGUCGUGUACAGCAAUGCCUGUAGUUACAAGCGCAUAUGUCCACACACGUCUCUGCUAAGUUAGGUCUGUUAUAGACCAGAAGCCACAGUUGUGAUUUCUCAUUUUCUUAUGUUUUUUCUUAGAAAACAUUUCUAUUUACAAUAUAGUUAAUAUGUAGAUACUGUACAUAUGUAUUGAUUUCUGGAGUGUUUGUUAUUCAAUGUAUAUAUAUAUAUAUACUCCAACUUGCAUGAAGAAAUAUUCUACUGAUCUCAAAGUAUCUAUUGAUAUCAAAAUAUCUAUUGAUAUUUUGUUGCUAAGUCAACAGUGAAAUUGGAGGGUGUAUGGCUGUGAAAACUAUUGCAAAUACUGUGUUCAUGAAAUAAAGAUGAAAGCUAUCGUUAAGCUG